CCUUCGAGUCAGGAGUAUCCGUCGGUUGCGCAUCUCGUCGACGUCGCGCAUCGGUCCCGUGCCCGGCGAAAAGGGGGAUAUUCGCGGUGGACGAGGAGGCCCGCCGCGCGCCGUCGUGAAACGUGAGAACCUCUCCCGCUCUUCGUGACCAAAUUCGUGCGCGUCGCCGUCGCCGUCGCGGCGCCUCCUCGGCCGAGAGGCCGAUUCCACGAGUCCCGAGCGCGAUCGGCCGGGAAAAAGGGGAGAAAUUGAAAGGAAGUAACUUCGUGGCACCUGUGUCGCUCGAUAUUCCUCUCCCCCCCCCCCCCCCCGCGCGUUUCGCGAUUCGCCAGGACGAAAUCUUGAUCCUGCGAUGUCUGUGUGAUACAUAUACGUGUGCGAGGUGUUUUCACGAGUAUUUCUGCCCACUUUACCGUCUCCCCGCGCCAGCCCGGAAUCCGCAGAGAAAGGGGUUGCAGACGGAGGGUGGGAGCGAGACGUCGAAGGUGUCGGAAAGAUGUCCCGUGGCACGUGGCACCGGUGGUCGGUGCUCUUGCUGCUCCUGCUCGCCACGAGAUUCCUCUCCGUGCACGGCCAAUGCGGAUCGUACGCCCAGGACCGGCAGGAGAAGCAGGAGAAGCAGGACAAGCUGGCGCUCUACAAGGUCACCCUGAGGACCUACUGGUCGAGGGCGCGAUUCCCGCGACACUAUCCGGAGUGGAAGCCUCCGGCGCAGUUCGGCAAGCUGAUCGGUCGAACGCACGACUCGACAUACACUCUGUAUAGAUUAGGCGAGAGACUGUCCACGGGCGCCAGAUUAUACGUGGAAACCGGAAGAGCCGAUGGACUGGACGCGGAUGGGGACUCGCCAAACAGCCUUCACUCAUUCACGGGUCCCCCGAUUCCUCAAGGCGAAGGCACGAGCGUCACUCGGGCCUUCUUGGACGGCAAUCAUACUCUAAUUAGCAUUAUGGCGCGCAUCAAUCCCAGUCCCGAUUGGUUCGUAGGCGUGGAUUCCUUCCAACUGUGCGUCGAGGGCAAUUGGGUCGAUACCGUUACCGUAGAGCUCGACCCGCUGGAUGGGGGCACGGAUAACGGCUUCACAUUUACGGCUGCCAACUGGCCGACGCAGCCCCAAGGAAUCGCUUACAGGAUCACAUCCCGAUAUCCGGCACAUCCCGCGGGAAGCUUCUAUUAUCCGAAUCUACCUCGUCUACCGCCGAUAGCUACUCUCACAUUCACCAAGCUACGCGAGUACACCCUGACCGAAUCGUAUCAUGAAGAUGAAGUCGAGGUGGAAUUCGUUAGCAAUGACAAUCUGCAAGCGAACGGUGAGGCUCCCAGAGGAAUCGAUCCGAACAGGGACCUAAACGAAGCCAUAGCCGAGGAACGAAGGGAAAUGGACACUCAGAGAUACAGAUACUGGAGCACGACCGGGAGCGGCCAGCAAGUCGUGACGGACGUUCCGCGGGACAACAAGGCGGCGAUCAUCAACAGCAUCGCCACGUCAUACGCUUUGCAGAGACCGAGGUACACCGCGACCGCGAUACCGCGAACAUCGAAGGUUGCCGUCGACGGUAAAACGAGAUACAGCGAGACAGGGAAGUCCGACUGGCCGUAUUACCAGACGUACAGGCAAACAGCGGAAACGCAGAAGGCGCAAAUCUACGAGGACAUCCAGAGGAAGAUUGCCAACGUGUCGAACGUGUCGAGUACGGGUUACUCAUUCGUGAACAACGUGACCAACACGGCGGAUCAGCGCCAACACAGAUUCAGGAUGAAGCAUCAUGGAUUGACAUCCAAAGGCAAACGAGUUAGAACACGUGCACCGAGAGAUUGCAAGGUCGGCGAAUGGGGCCCGUGGAGCGCGUGCAGUCGCAGCUGCGGGGUGGGCGAGACCCAGAGAACGCGGAAAAUCACGAUAAAACCGCGCCGGGGUGGCGCACCGUGUCCGCCGUUGAAGGAGACCAAAUGGUGCGGUAGCGUCAAUCCAUGCUCGGAGAGUAAGCCGAUCAUCGACUAUCAUUGGUAGUCAUCGUCCGCGUCGGUCCCCUUCCACGAACACGUGUACCAAAGUGACUCGCUCACGGACGAAAGGUCGUGUAAGCCAAAGACGGGCAAGACGAGCGAGGAGCACUUAUGCGAGAAACGCACGCUGGGACGCGAAUACGAUUAAAUAUGAAAAAUUUAAUGUAUUGGAUGGAAAAUGAUAUAGAGGCUGGAGAAGAGGCUAUCUUUUUUAUAUCUCUCUCAGUAGUCAUACCGCAACGACACGACUAGGGGUGCAUUUAUAUGCCGUACUUUAGAAAGAGUAGCGAUCUGCGUGGUUUGACAAUAUGCGUUACACGAAAAUUCAUAAACAAUAUCUGAUAUUUUAAGGUAAAAGAAUUAGUAACUGUUGCAGCGAAUUACAUUGGCAUCGAACGACAAUAUAUCGUGUGCAUUUACGCAGACGACUAUAUAUAAUGAUCGUGCGCGAUGUAAUUUCGCGUAAUCCCAUUGCUAUUAAAUCCUGUUUGAUAUAACGAGUGGCCGUGACGAGGAAGGCCAGCGCGUAGAGUCACAUAAUCGAACGGUAUAAUAUAUUUCAUUACAAUUAGUGUUCGCAACCAUCGCAUAUUUUCGCGGCAAACAAGCGGAGAAGCAUUAUCAUAUGUACGGCGGCUUUAUUUUACUCGCAUGCAUUUAUUGUCGUUUGAUGUCACGUCCGUCGUGCGAUACGUACACAUAUAUGUAGGCAUGUAUCACUCGGACCACGAAUAUUGAAAACACAAAGAUUGCCAAAGAGAAAUUCGAAUAGCUGACUCGCGUCGUAUCGCGUUUCCGCGUGUAUCGCUAAAAUGCGUUUGAGACUCGAUUUUCACUCCGAGCGCACGGCGUUUCGAUCUGUUUUUUUGUUUGUUUUCGAAAUAAUUGAACAAUCGGCAUUGUUUGUCAAAUUUGUUACGGCGAAAAUACCGCAACAUAUAGCAAAAAAGUACAUGUAUAUCUAUCUCGAAUAUCUGUUUUGAUAAUACAGGUUGAGUUACAGAGUUCUAGUGAUAACUCAGCUUAAUCUUAUGACAGAUGAUAAAAUUGUUUAGACAUAUUGAUACAUCUUCGAAAGUGUCAAAGAAAAAUCGCAGAUUCCCUUAAUUUAUAUAUUACUUCAACGUCUAUGUUAUGAUGUAUCGCUAUUGAAAAUUAAGUUAAGUUACUGACUUUACUCGCGUUAAAAGUAAGUUUAACGACCGUCGGAACGAGGUAAUAACACGCCUUGUCUUUGCACGCGAUCGAAAAAAGAAAUGAGCCUUGGCAUAAUUGGGAAAUUGGCCCCCGGCUUUCCGGAAGAAAAACGUUAGGUGCAAUUAAGCUGACAGUUUAAUCGCCAGUACAAAUGACGGACCGUGGUACGAGUGCGGUGAUCGGCGAGCUACACGUUCAUGGUGCGAGAAUUUCUCGGUGAAAUUUAACCAUCGCGUGCAGCACCGGAGUCUCGCCGAGAUUAACCCGGCAUUUCCGAAACGUACUACGUUACUUAAAACGAAAUUUUUAUCGUCUCGCUACUUUCUAUCGUGGAACGAAAACAGUCGCGUACAAAAUUUGCAAUUGGACUUUCUUAAAUAAAGUUGAAGGUAGCAACAAAGUUAAUAUUUAAACAAAAUCUUUGUUAAAAAUUAAUUUUUCUUUAAUAAUCCUGUGCUUGUUAGUUAAUUAUUAUAUAGCUUGUCUCUUCCUACAACUUUACUGCCAAAAAAUAUCCUUUUCGAGAAAUCUGCGAAACAUACAAUUCCGAAACGUUGUGCAAAUGUUGGGAAAAUUAAAAUAUUUCGCGCGAAUUAAAGAAGAGUAAGAUCGCUGCCCACGUAGAACAAACGUCAGGGCGAUUUUCAGCACGAGAUGCGCGCUUGCACGAAAUCCCAGACAAUGUUUUCGCGUGGGGAUGUUUUUCGCGAAGCGUCUCCUCGCUCGGCGACAGCAUCGACGAAGAAUAUCGACGGAGAAACCUGCAGACCAGAUUCUGCAAAUGUUUUUUUCUCUCCCCAUCGUCAUCGAGAGUGCUGCAUCUCUCUCACUCUCUCGUCUGUCUCUCGUGGUAGGGAAAUUUUUACAAAGAUAUCACAUCAGGUACGUCUUAGGUGAGUGUAUUAUAUCUUAGGCAUAAAUUUAACAAUAAUAAUUAAUAACUAACGUCUAAUCGUUAAUUAUUAGGCUCGUAUUAAUCGCGUUCGCGACGCGGAGCUCGGCGUUGUUCCCCGGUAUAUUAUGGAGAAUGGAGAACACGUAACUUAAGUUAUAAGAAUGAACGAGAAGCAAUCCCGCUUUGGUGGACAGAUCUAAGGGUGCAACGCUGAAUUCCGUAUGCGACGUAUGUUGACGCACGGCUUGUCCUUCAUAUCUAGCGUCCAUGGUUGCUGUUCUCGUCGGACGUUUAGUGUUAGACGCGACUAAAUAAUCGUAAAAUUUGAUAUAAUCAAUUAAAUUAAAUGUUAAAAAUAGUCAUAGUUUGUUUAAUACAAAAAACGCGGUAACGAACAACACUCAAUCUACACGUGAAAUGCACGGUUGUAUUUAGCGCUAAAUGUGCGACGAGGAUAAAAGCCUACAUAGCUAAAAUAUUUAUUAUAACUCUGUAUUUAUAACAACUUUUUAUUUCAAUUGAAAUAUUAAUUUUGACAGGAAAAUAAAUUGUAUCUGCUUUGUGUGCUGCUGUAAUUAAAUAUCAUGUAAAUUUUUAAAUUCAAUUUCGAGCGUGACGUAAUAGUAAUGAUUUCCCUGCUGCGUUUUUGGGGCUCCCGCGAAACGCGCAAUAUAAGCAUGCUGCGUGAAAAAAAAAUUGGUACGAGCGGAAAAUGUACAAACUCGUAUACUGCCGCAUAUUAUCUAUACGUUUGUUCAUCCGGCUGAAAACUGAUAUGAAAAGUCAAUCUUCGCGAUGGUAAUGGAUAAACACGGGGAGAGCUCGAUUAUGUGUAAAAAUUUUUCAAACGCAAAUUGCCGUGUGAUAUAUCGUAAUGUAAUAGCUUCCACAAUUAUCUUAUAUUUCCUAUUACUGUAUUUUAAACGACAUUGAAUAAAGGUACGAAAAAUCCGCACAUCUUGGACAAUACUCAUAUAAAGUAAGAUGAUAUAUAUCGUUUUUAUACAGAUACCUACAGUUUCUGCUCGUGCUAAGAUCUUCUUUAAAUUUCCAAGCUACAUUAAAGCUUUUCAUGCGAAACGUAAUCUCUAAAUGAAAAAAAAUAUGUAGAAAGCUCUCGUAUGAUGGAAAUAAUAGCUGCCGGACAAAACUGGGUACAAAAACGAGAUGACCGCACCGCAGAAAUUUUCUCGAAAGAAAGAAUUGACUUCGGAAAUUACAACGGUUUCCGGCACGCGUUUUAUACGCGAGAUGAUACACCGCUCUUUAGUUUACCUUUCAAGCGCGAAUACAGAAAGCACACGACGGGGGUAUAACCUUAAUUACGACGGUACUUAUGAUGUUCUCGUAUUACGUUAAAACCCGAUCGCAAUAAUUAGCGGCUGAUCUUCGCCAGGGAGAAUCUCUCGAAAGCCGUCGUUGCGGCAACGGCAGCGCGCGCGGUUGAGAUAAAAUAUCAAGCCAGACUAAUCCUUGAGACCGGAAAUCUAGUCGGCGUAUUGUAAAAUCUGUCAUGGAACAAUACCGCGAUAAGAGAGUCGCUUUUCAUUUCUCGGUAUAUAUAAUACACACACAUACACGCACAUAAGAAUAUACAUAUAUGUAUAGUAAGGAGGACUGAGCCGUUGCCGUCUCGCAGUUAGAUGCAUUAAGGAUAAACGUUUUGUAAACUAAACGGGAACGCUUUCGUGACACGAGAGCUUCUGUGACACGGAAAGAGGAGAGGAGUGGAUAUGCUUGAAAAAUAACGAUGCAAAUAAAUUCGUGGAUAAAAGUGUUUUGAGUUCGAUGCGUUUGCGUCUCUCGAUGCAGCUGAAUCAAAAAGUUCGCUUGCGUCAGAGUCUACAAUAAUUCGAAAUCUUUCUUUUGUAUUGUCCCAGUUUAAUAUUCGAUCACAUCCUCGAUCAAAAUUUUACUCUUUUCUUGCAAUCUGAGUAUCACGAAUACUUAUGUAUGUGUAUUUUCAAUCGCAUAUCUAACUGUACGUACUAAUUAUGAAUGCUCCGGUUUUUUUUAUGUAUGUACAAUGCAAUUUUACGGUCUAUUAUUUUUAGAAAGAACGACAAUCACACGUAAUUACUGUACAUUCUUUGCGAGAUUUAUUUUUCAUGAAAUAUUUAUUCGAUGUAAUAUACAAGUGCAUUUUUCAUCCUUUCCUCUUUCCCGCGUUACCAGCGUUACGUGACAAUGACAAAUCAAUGACAGAUCAAUGGAGGAGUAAGUGGAGGAGUGCCACGAUGAUGAUUCUGUACAAGUCACUGUGCAUUCUAGCCGUAAGGAUAGCCGAUAGGACUAGCGAUUAAGCCAAAGCAUAUGUAGCGAUGUAUAACACAUAAGUUUAUAUUACAUAAUAAAAUGUGUCGAGAAAAUAAGCGGGCUCCCUUCUCGAUCUUCGAAUACAUAAUAUUUUUCACUUGCGACGUAUGAAUGGUAUUCGUAUAUAAUAAAGUAGUAAUUAUUUCAGGAA